UUUGUUCCUUUUUUUUUCUUCUUUUUAUCAUAAUAUCAUCACACUGUCGUCUUCAUUACGAAAACUAUCUCCUAUAAUGAAAAGUGCACUGACAUUUGAAACGGUGGCUACUUGCUCUACAACCAAAGCAAGAGCUUCUCUUCUGACUUUACCUCAUGGACCUGUCAAUACUCCUGUAUUUAUGCCAGUAGGGACUCAAGGUACUUUGAAGGGCAUCACUCCUCAACAACUAAAGGAUAUGAACUGUCAAAUCAUGUUAAAUAAUACCUAUCAUUUGGGCUUGAAACCUGGCAAGGAAACAUUAGAUUUAGCUGGUGGAUCACAUGUAUUUCAACAAUGGAAUGGUAAUUUAUUGACAGAUAGUGGAGGUUUCCAAAUGGUAUCAUUACUCAAGUUGGCGGAAAUCACAGAAAAAGGUGUCCAGUUUGCAUCUCCUCAUGAUGGUUCGUUAAUGAUGUUGACACCUGAACAUUCCAUGGCUUUACAAAAUUCCAUUGGUGCUGAUAUUAUGAUGCAAUUGGAUGAUGUUAUUUCUUCUUUGACAACUGGACCAAGAGUGGAAGAAGCAAUGUGGCGGUCUAUUCGCUGGCUGGAUCGAUGUAUUAAAGCUCAUGAACGACCUCAUGAUCAAAAUUUGUUUGCUAUUAUUCAAGGUGGAUUGAAUAAGGAUUUACGAAGAAAAUGUGUAGAAGAAAUGGUGAAACGGGAUACUCCUGGAUAUGCUGUAGGUGGUUUAAGUGGUGGUGAAGAAAAAAAUGAAUUCUGGCAAAUUGUAUCUUUAUGUACAGAUCUAUUACCAAAGAACAAACCAAUUUAUUGUAUGGGUGUUGGUUAUGCUGAAGAUUUGGUGGUUUGUGUAGCUUUAGGUGUUGAUAUGUUUGAUUGUGUUUAUCCUACUCGAACUGCUCGUUUUGGGAAUGCACUGACAAUGAAUGGUAUUGUCUCAUUGAAAUCUGGAAAAUAUGCAACUGAUUUUGGUCCUAUAGAAGAAGGUUGCGACUGUACAACAUGCAAGAAUUAUACAAGAUCUUAUAUCCACUUACUAACGGCAAGUAAAGAGACGGUUGGUUGUCAUUUGGUAUCUGUGCAUAAUGUAGCCUUCCAAUUACGGUUAAUGAAUGGGAUGCGGGAGGCAAUUCAAAAGGACGAAUUCCCUGCUCAUGUCAAGAAAUUCUUUGCUAGUUAUUUUGGUGACAAGAGUAAAUAUCCUACAUGGGCUGUCGCUGCUCUUAAGAGUGUUGGUAUUGAUCUUUUACUUUAGAUUUUUUAGAUAUUUUAAAUAAAAAAAAAAGAAAUAUCCUGUUGUAUGC